CUACCUUCCAUCUGCCUCCAAGGAGUCCCAAGGGUGAACAUAUCUCGCUUCUUCUUGUAUAUGAGACGAUAUUUCUGGUGAUCGAUCACUAGGCAUCCCCUGAGAAGAACUCUUCAUUAGACGGUGUGGUGGCCCGUCGUCAGCUUGUCACUUUUACUCGGGCAAGAAAGAAAGCGAAGAGAAAGCGGAAGAGAGAGAAUUGGCAGAUCCGGAAGUUAAGGGGGACAUUGCACUGGACCCAGGGCCAAAAGAAGAAAAAGGAGGGUUCUUCUUGCAAAAUCGUGAGCAACAGAUCAAGAAUCGAAGUUACUCGAGGCAGUGGGGAGCCGAGAAAAAAAAAAGAGCUACGAUUUUUGGACUGCAGUUUUCUUUGACAACAGUGCUGGAGUUCGGCAAGCAUCUACUCAGCCACACUCGUGGAAAGACGCCAAAUGGCAGACCCAGGCGCGCUGUCGACACUGCCGAAUCUCAGGACGGCUGAGUCCUCAAAGUCGACGCCCUCGCCCACGCACAGUCCCCAUUCAUCACCCGACACCACGAUGACAACGCCCGAACAGUCCCCCGGCGCCGACGACGAUAUCUGGGACACGUCGUCGGACCAUGAGCACGCCACUGACGCGGCGCCAGGAGGUUUUGCAUCCGAGGCGCAACUCCCAACAGAUGCGUCCGGCCAGGAACAUCCACCGACCGCCUCCCGGAGAAUAGUGAGGCGGGAAGUGAUCCUGAGCGACGUCCCCUCCCUGCGCCGUCAGCACAUGACGGACGGGUACCGCGAGGGUCUCUCCGUGGGGAAGGCACGGGUCAUGCAGCGUGGCUUUGACGCGGGAUAUCCCCUGGGGGUGGAGGUCGGACUGCGGGUGGGCCAAGUGCUCGGGGUCCUGGAAGGCGUCGUCUCGGCGCUCACCACCAAGCCUCGCUCGGGUGGGAAAAUGGCAGACGCCGGGUCGAGUUCUUCCACCGUGCCAACGGUGACGACUCCGUCUCUGCCGAGAAGAAUCGAAGAGCCCUUACACGGAGUCGUCGGGCGAGAUGAGCCCCAGGGAAGCAUCUCCCGCGGGAAAAGGGACGAGGAUCUGGCCUUCGUGCAGAACCUCUACGCCCGCGCCCAAAGACAGCUGAAGAUCUCAGAACUGCUAAAGUUCAUGGAUGAUGAGAAGAUCGCGGCGAUCCCGGAUGCCAGUGUCGGCAUCGAUGGUGGCGGUGGUAGUGGAGAGGUGGAGAGCAAGCAGGCCGAAGGACCAGCUGUGCCCGCGGAGAUCGAGGCAGUUCUUGAAAAGUGGGAGCAGAUUGUGCUGGGUGGGCUGAGGAAGGACGAUUCCAAGGCGCAGGAGGACACCAACAACAGCACAAAGUGAUGUACAAAGACUCACAUCAUGGCAAAGGUGGAAAGGCAAGCCAAGGGAAGCACGAGGCAUGAAGCGAGAGAGAGAGAAGAAACACCAAAACGCUUGUCCUAACGACUCUGUCUCGUACGGAGGUAUACACGACUACCCGCCUAGCUACCUAGUCACCCUCCUGAACUCAGCACACGGCUUCAGCACCCCCAAUGCUCGAUCUUGGGCCCCUGGCUCCUGGCUCCCGGUCCUGCCGACUAUCCGGCUGGUCCAAUUUCCAGACGCGUCACACAUAUGGCGGUGUGUGUGGUUGACGAGGGCGAGAGUGCGGCACAAAGUGCCCGCCCAUAUUUGGCACACAUUUGGCACGAAGAGCAAAAGAGAAACAAACUGCAAUGCUGACUCUGCGUGGGCCGAAGAAAUGCGGGCGGGGCGCAGUAUGUAUGGGUGCUCCAGAAACAAAAGAUGGGCGCCAAAAUAGGAUGCACGGCAAAGUCGACAUCGACAACGACAACGACGACGACGACGACGCAAGACAAACGAAACGAGACGCAAAAGCUUUUACCAGUGCACAGAGUUGAAAUCACCUCGAUAGCGGGGGCUGCUCUCGCUGUAUCAUACACCUUCCCAACCACCAUCUCUCCUUUCUCCAACCGCAGCUGCAUCUCAUGGAGAGGGUUAGCAUGUUGAGCGUGACCGGCCUUGUACGGUGGCGUGUAAAAGAAAUGUUGAGAACUGAGUAGCUUCUCUGGACCGGGCGGCUCCCGGCGCCAGAAAGUGUCGCAAGAGAGAAAGAGGAAAAAAAAAGAUAGGAUGGAAUAAAGGAAGUAACGAAGCAUAGUAGCAGCCAGGGACGUUUGUUCAUCAUUCAUCCGUCUUCGCUAUCAUCGUCAGAGGCAUGCUCGGUAUUCGUACAAUAUUUCUCCUCCCUCAGAG